CCCCCCCUGUGAGGGAUCUCCAUAGGCAGGGUGGUGAGUUACAGUGGGCAGAGGAGUGCCCACCACGUUGGUCAGACCAUGGAGUGAGGAGGAAAGAAGGAGAUGCAUAUGUAAGAAAGGAAGAGGAGAUAUCCUUUGAAGAACCGUCUAAAUUCAUGCUCCUAUUAUAAUUGAGUGCUUCUAAGAGCAAAGCAACAUGAGAGGACGCCUGUUCUGUGCCCACUGCUUCAAGAGUUAUUAUUAAGAUUAACCCUCUGGAUAUAGAGUAGACUAGUGUUCUUUGUGUUCCUGAAUCCGCUGGGUUCUAGAGUGUGUCUGGAUUUGUGUCUGGGCUGUGGUCAUGGGGUCUCAGCCCCAGGGGUGUGCUCUGCAUCGGACUGGCAGGAUCUGUCACAGAGGCAGCCUGAUCAGGCUCUUACUCCUUCUUUACUGCUCUCUCACGGCCGCCCAAGCCGCUAAACCCAAAGUCCCGAGCGGCACACACCUCAACUCCAUCCGCAUCGACGGGGAUAUCUCCCUGGGAGGCCUGUUCCCCGUGCACUCCAGGGGCAACGAAGGCAAGGCCUGCGGGGAGCUGAAGAAGGAGAAGGGGAUCCAUCGUCUGGAGGCCAUGCUGUUCGCCCUGGACCGUAUCAACAACGACCAUUCCCUGCUUCCCAAUAUCACGCUGGGGGCGCGCAUCCUAGACACGUGUUCCCGGGAUACCCACGCCCUGGAGCAGUCACUCACCUUCGUCCAGGCUCUCAUCGAGAAGGAUGGGACGGACGUCAAGUGUCUCGGCGGGGGGGCACCCAUCAUCACCAAGCCUGAGAGGGUGGUGGGAGUCAUCGGAGCCUCGUCCAGCUCUGUGUCUAUCAUGGUGGCCAACAUACUGCGGCUCUUCAAGAUCCCCCAGGUGAGUUAUGCCUCCACGGCACCGGAGCUGAGCGACAACACACGUUACGACUUUUUCUCGCGCGUGGUGCCCCCAGACACCUACCAGGCACAGGCCAUGGUGGAUAUCGUCAAGGCCAUGCACUGGAACUUUGUCUCCACCGUGGCGUCCGAGGGGAACUAUGGAGAGAGCGGUGUGGAUGCCUUCAUACAUAAGGCUCGAGAGGACGGAGGUGUGUGUAUCUCUCAGUCGGUCAAGAUUCCCCGUGAGCCAACGCCUGGAGAGUUUGGCAAGGUCAUCCGCCGACUAAGAGAAAACCCAAACGCAAGGGUGGUCAUCAUUUUUGCCAAUGAGGAUGAUAUUAGGCGGCUACUCCAAGCAGCCAAGAAGGCCAACCAGACUGGCCAUUUCAUCUGGGUGGGCUCAGACAGCUGGGGCUCAAAGAUAUCCCCAGUGUUACACCAAGAGGAGAUGGCAGAGGGAGCUGUCACCAUCCUGCCCAAACGCCAGUCCAUCAGAGGGUUUGAUCGUUACUUCAUCAGCCGCACACUGGAGAACAACAGGAGAAAUAUCUGGUUUGCUGAGUUCUGGGAGAACAACUUCGCUUGCAAGCUGAGCCGACACGCUUUGAAGAAAGGUUCCGGGCUGAAGAAAUGCACAAAUCAGGAGCGGAUAGGGAAGAACUCCAACUACGAACAAGAGGGGAAGGUGCAGUUUGUGAUCGAUGCAGUCUAUUCCAUGGCCCACGCGCUGCACAACAUGCACAGGGAGCUCUGUCCAGGGAAGGUGGGCCUUUGCUCUAGGAUGGAUCCCAUCAACGGCACUCUGCUGCUCAAACACAUCCGGAUGCUUAACUUUGCAGGUAUUGCUGGCAACCCAGUGCUUUUCAAUGGGAAUGGAGACGCCCCUGGUCGCUAUGAGAUUUACCAGUAUCAGAUCAGAAACCGAACAGCUGAGUACAAAGUCAUCGGGCGCUGGACCGACAAGCUCUAUCUGAAUAUCCGAGCAAUGCACUGGCCAGGUGGAGGUCGUCAGAUCCCUUACUCCAUCUGCAGCCACCCAUGCCAGGCCGGAGAGCGCAAGAAGAUAGUGAAGGGCAUCCCUUGCUGCUGGCACUGCGAGCGCUGCGACGGCUACCAAUACCAGGCAGACACUUACAGCUGCAAGAUGUGUCGCUUUGACCUGCGUCCCAACGAGAACCACACGGCCUGCCGUCCCAUCCCCAUUGUCAAGCUGGAAUGGAGUUCCCCCUGGGCCGUCAUACCGGUCCUCAUCUCCGUGGUGGGCAUCAUGGCCACUCUGUUUGUGGUGGUCACCUUUAUCCGCUACAAUGACACGCCCAUCGUCAAGGCGUCAGGCCGCGAGCUCAGCUACGUUCUACUGACGGGUAUCUUCAUGUGCUACGCCACCACUUUUCUCAUGAUAUCUGCCCCUGAUGUGGGCAUCUGCUCCCUCAGACGGAUCUUCCUSGGUCUGGGGAUGAGUAUCAGCUACGCAGCCCUGCUCACCAAGACUAACCGCAUCUACCGCAUCUUCGAGCAGGGAUCCAUGUCGGUGAGCGCCCCCAGGUUCAUCUCCCCAGCCUCCCAGCUGGUCAUCACCUUCAGCCUGACUUCGGUGCAGCUACUGGGGGUGUGUAUCUGGUUUGGCGUGGACCCGUCUCAGGCCAUCAUCGACUACGAGGACCAGCGCAUGGCCAAUCCGGACAUGGCCCGUGGCGUGCUCAAAUGUGACAUCUCUGACCUUUCUCUGAUUUGCCUGCUUGGCUACAGCAUGUUGCUAAUGGUCACCUGCACAGUGUACGCCAUCAAGACUCGAGGCGUGCCGGAGGCCUUCAACGAGGCCAAGCCCAUCGGCUUCACCAUGUACACCACCUGUAUCAUCUGGCUGGCCUUCAUCCCCAUCUUCUUUGGUACCUCCCAGUCCACAGAGAAGGUAAGCUCAGAGAUGUACAUCCAGACKACCACGCUGACCAUCUCUGUGAGCCUGAGUGCGUCUGUCUCUCUGGGGAUGCUGUACAUGCCCAAGGUCUACGUGAUCCUCAGGCACCCYGAACAGAACGUGCCCAAACGCACACGCAGCCUCAAGGCUGUGGUCACAGCUGCCACCAUGUCCAACAAGUUCAACCCCAAGGCGAGCCUACGUCCCAACGGAGAAGCCAAGUCCGAGUUGUGUGAGAGCCAGGAAACACAAGCUUUCUCCACAAAACAAACAUACAUCAGCUACAGCAACCAUGCAAUCUAGGAGAGGAAGGCCAUGGUCAUUGCUCAGGACYGUCACCUCGUGGAGCAUUUUCUUAUGCAGUGGAAAUGGGGGGG